UAUUAUAAAUAUUUGUCAUAUCAAUCAUUGUUAAUGUAUCUAUAGAUAAUCAUCUUCUUUUGUACUGGUUGUCAUGGCUAUGCCAUUCCCCAAUUAUAUGGUGGUAGGAGCUUGGUAUAUACUACUUGUUAUCUCUUGGAAUUGUUUCAGCAUUUCAAUUGCGUCAAAUGCAGCUUCUAAAUCUGAAUCCUCACUGCUAGAAGCAGAAGCACAUGUUCUUCUUGAAAGUGAGUGGUGGCCGAGUAAUUACACUAACCAUGUUUCAAGUCGGUGCCAGUGGGCAGGCAUUACAUGCAACAAUGCUGGAAGUAUCACAAACAUUACUUUGCCUGAUGAACUCCAAUUGGGAAACAAGUUGUGGAGGUUCAACUUUUCUUGCUUCCAAAACCUUGUUCACCUCAACCUUGCUGCACUAGGAAUCAGUGGGAGUAUUCCAUAUGGAUUUGGUACCCUUUCCAAACUCACUUAUCUUGACUUAUCCUUUAAUGAUAUAAUGGGAACUAUACCAUCAGACAUUUGGAAUCUAAGGAACUUAGUGACCCUAAACUUGGCUAGAAACAAGCUUAGUGGGCUUAUCCCUCCAGAGUUAGGAAAGUUGAGGAAUUUGAUUGAAUUGGAUUUAAGUGAUAAUAGUUUUAUUGGUCCAAUACCUGUGGAGAUUGGUCAAUUGAACAAUUUGAAACAUCUGUCCCUCGGUGAGAACAAGUUGAAUGGUUCCAUACCUUUAGAAAUAGGGAAUUUGAACAACCUUCUGAUUCUAGAUCUUAAUACUAACAGUCUCACCGAAGUGAUACUUCAAGAUUUGCAUAAUCUUACCAGUUUGACAGAACUAAACUUGUCCAAUAAUGAGAUUUUUAACUUGAUCCCGCAAAAGCUUUCCCAAUUGACCCAACUGAAGUAUCUGAAUAUUUCAAAUAACAAAUUUUUUGGUGAAAUACCUGCUGACAUUGGAAAUUUGUCUAAAAUCUUGGUUCUAGACAUGUCUAGAAACAUGUUGGCUGGAGAAAUCCCAGCCAGUUUUUGUACUUGCUCUAAGCUGGAGAAGUUGAUUUUGAGCCAUAACAAUAUAAACGGAAGCAUUCCCUCUCAUAUUGGUGACCUUGUUUCGCUUGCUUUAAUUGAUUUGAGUCAUAACUCAAUAAGUGGAGAAAUACCUUAUCAGCUUGGGAGUGUGAAAUACACAAGGAUCUUGGAUCUCAGUUAUAAUGAACUAAAUGGAACCAUUCCCAGAUCCCUUGUAUCAUUGGGGAGGCUAGACUUGUCUUACAAUUCUCUAGAGGGUGAAAUCCCAGUUGCUCUCCAAAAAUCUUUUCCACCUAAAGCAUUCACUGGCAAUGACAAUUUGUGUGGCGACAUCGCCCACUUCGCUGCUUGUUAUUAUUCCUCUCCUCACAAGUCACUUAUGAAAAUUUUCCUUCCUCUCACUGCUUUGCUUGCUCUUCUGUGCACUGCAUACGUGUUCCUCCGCUGGUGUAAGGCUGGGAAUUGCAUGUCUGUAUCAAAAGAAACAAAGAAUGGUGACAUGUUUUCAAUAUGGAACUAUGAUGGUAAAAUAGCAUACAAAGACAUAAUUGAAGCAACAGAGGGUUUUGACAUCAAAUACUGCAUAGGGGCUGGUGGUUAUGGUAGUGUCUACAGAGCACAGCUACCUAGUGGCAGAGUAGUGGCCUUGAAGAAACUCCACAAUUUAGGACCCGACGAACCAGCCAUCCACAGGAUUUUCAAGAAUGAGGUAAGAAUGUUGACAAAGAUAAGGCAUAGAAAUAUUGUGAAGCUCUAUGGAUUCUGCUUGCAUAACAGAUGCAAGUUUCUGGUUUUGGAGUACAUGGAGAGGGGAAGCUUGUAUUGCGUUCUCCGCAAUGACAUUGAAGCUGUGGAGUUGGAUUGGACCAAGAGGGUCAACAUUGUGAAAGGCAUAGCACAUAGCUUAUCAUACCUUCACCAUGAUUGUAAGCCAGCAAUUAUUCAUAGAGAUGUAACAACAAAAAAUGUUCUCUUGAAUUUAGAAAUGAAGGCUUGUCUCUCGGACUUUGGCAUAGCAAGACUUCUAAAAUCCGGUUCCUUCAAUCGAACAGUACUUGCAGGCACUUAUGGAUAUAUUGCACCAGAACUUGCCUAUAGUGAUUGUGUGACUCAGAAAUGUGAUGUCUACAGCUUUGGAGUGGUUGCACUUGAAAUUAUCAUGGGAAAACAUCCUGGAGAGCUUGUUUCCUCAUUAAGAUCUGCAUCCUCACAAGGAAUUCUCUUCAAAUAUAUAUUAGACCCCAGAUUAAUAUGCACCAUCAAUCAACAAUCAACUCCGAGUUUAGCUCUUAUAGCAACACUGGCUUUUGCAUGUCUUCAUUCUCAGCCAAGGCUUAGACCAACAAUGCAAGUAGUGUGUGAUAAACUUGUCACGGGAAUGCCCCGAUUAACCAUACCAUUUGAAGAAAUUUCAAUAAAGCAAAUUGUAAAUCAGGAAUUCUAACUGAUUUCUAGGACACAUCAUCCUCUGAACUUCACGAGGUAGUUUAUAUUUUAUGUUUCCUUUGUACAUUCUUAGUGUUUCUGGUUUGGUUGAGUGAAGGACUGUCCUGUCUCGAACCCUAGACCAACAAUGGUACAUUACAUUCUUGGUGUUUGCACAUGCUUAUAUUUAUUACCAACCUUUUUUCCUUA